UGCUUUUAGCUGUAGUUCGCGCCUCAACAUGUAAUGAUGACGACUACAAACCAUAAAAUACGGCCUGUUAUUCUCACAGCACUAGGAUACCUACUAUCAUAUUUAGUGCUAAAACAUGGCCAUCCAUAGUGACAAUAAUGUCUCCUCGCUGGUUUGGUCGGGAGGAGGUGAGCCCAGGCGUCGUCGUCGAGCUGGAAGAAAAGCGAUGGCGCAUUCUGAGUCAUGAAGAUGAGGUGGUUAUGCAGGGCAGCGAGCAAAGAACUGCCAAGCAGUGUCGUCCAUAUGCCUGCAUCUUGCUGAAGGUACGACAAGUGGGCUCUAAGCCGCCAAUUUACGGAAAUAUGAGGAUCUACAAGCAGAUACCUACAGAGGAGACAGUCGGCGACCGCCCCGAAGUACGAGCCAAGCAAGCGAAAGUUUGGAUUCCCCGUGAGCUCAGAGCGUGCCGCCAGCUCAUGCUCAAGAAUUCGACCUUUACCCCUAAACUUCUGGACAGCUUGGAGGGAAAACAAGAUGCCGACAGCUUAGUACCUGGGGGUUUCAUAGUCUGGGUGGUCUCAGAGGUGAUCUCAGGUAUUUGCUUGGGAGAUGAAGAGAGUGAUGAUAUCUUCUGGUCGAUGGAGUACUGUGUCCGUGACCAAAUUCGUAAUUCCUUUAAGGAGAACUACCUGUGA